AUGAGUAAUAAUUUUUUAUAUGAGAUUAAUUAUUAUAUUUCAGGUCAUGUUCAUGCUACUAAUACUGUUAUGUGUUUUGGAAUAACUCAAGAUCCAAAUACUAAAGAUUAUAUGAUGGCUUUAGAAUAUUGUGUGGGAGGAAAUUUGAGAAAUACUUUAACGAAAGGUUUAGAUUAUAAAAUCAAAAUGGAUUUUUUAUUUUAUAUUAUAGAUGGACUUUCAGAUAUUCAUGAUGCUGGAAAUAUUCAUAAAGAUUUUCAUUCGGGAAAUAUAUUACAUGAUAAUCAUAAUUAUGUACUAACAAUUAGUGAUUUGGGAAUGUGUCAACCAGUAAAUGAUAAUGAGCGAAAAGGAAUUUCAGCUGAUAUUUACUCAUUUGGAAUAAUAAUGAAUGAACUUAUGUCAGAAGAAAUUCCUUAUAAUGAUAUUCCUCAUCAUUUUUUGGUUGUUAAAAUAUGUAAAGGAUUUAGAUCAAAAAUUUCUAAAGAUACACCAAAAUUAAUUGUAGAUUUGAUUAUUAAAUGUUGGAAUGCUAAAGCAGAAAAUAGACCAACCUAA